CCCUCUCUCCUGGGUAGAAGGAGAUGUAGGUAGGGCUGGUUCCUACCCCCCGUCCCGUAGCUACCCCCCUUGCUGCAGCCUCAGCAGAGGAGAAGUCUGAAUGGGCUCUGGGAUGGAGCCCCCCCAAAGGGUCCCUCAGGGGCAGGGCCGAGGUGCACCAGGGGGGUUUGGGUUCUGUGGGUAGCGCCCAAGAUGCAGACAGCUGGGAGGCCCCAUGGCAAGGAGCUCACAGCCUGGUGUGGGAGCGGGGCACUCACCCACCCUGGUGCUGCAGCAGGAAGGAGGCUGAGGUGAGGUUUUUGCAAGAGGAGACUCUCCCCGGCCCCAGCUGCCCAGGCUAUCUGCAGCGACGUGGCUGCUGGCAGCAGACAGGUGUCCUGCCAUGGCUCAGUGGCUCUGAGCCGCUGGGGAAGAAGGCUCAUGUGAGCCAAAACCUCACCCACUUGGCUGGCUGAGUUAAUCUCCCCAGGAUGCAAUUCUGUUCCAAACAGCCCCUUUGAGAUCUCCUGUGCCCGACUCGUCUGCCUGCGCAGGGGCCCUCUGCCAUCACCGCCUCCGUCCUGAGCAGGUGUGUGUUUGCACCGGUCCGGAGACCAGACAGGGAGCUGAGAACGUACCUUGCACCGUCAUUUACCCCACGGGAGAGUGUAGCUGUCCUGACCUGGGGGGCGUUUCACGGGUGUAAACGCCUGCAUGAAGUGCUGGGGGGCCGGAGAACGGGGCCCCGAGGGGUUUAGGUGAGGGUGGCAGCACUGGGAAUCAAACCCAGAGCUCCAGGAAUGGGGGUGGAAGCCUCCACCACAGCCAGGUUCCUUUCUGGGCCGCCACCCCACCUCUGACCCCUCUCCCUGCUCCUAAGGGCUGAACUAGGCAAUUUCUCUGCAGAGCCCUGGAGCUUCCUGUUUGCGGCAUUAUAAAACCUCAGCCUUCGUUGCCUGUCCGCACUUGCGAAAAUCGCCUGGAGCACGGACGUAGCCUGUGGGGUCUGGGCACACGGGGUGAGUGCUUGCUUAGCUCUGCGCCGCGGGCCCAGAGCCAUCUCUUCUCGGGGGCGUGGUGGGGCCUUCCAGCGGGGAACAGCCGAGCCCAUGGGGCAAAUGCCGAUGUCUUCCUGCCUGCACUUUGCGGGCAGCUCCUGUCCAGCCUCUCUGGCAUUGUCAUUCUCCCAGACAGGCACAAGUUGCUAUGGAUAGACUGGUUUGGCCUCGAAGCUUGUUGUUAAGCCGCUCGGGGCGUUGCUGAAAGUGGCCGGAUCAAAGGAGGGUGUCUAUCAGAAUCCAGGAUACAGACCCUGCUGCAGAAUGAACGUCACCAACUUGUCUGACUACGAUCCUUACUCGUACCCUGACUUCACUGCGCCCAUCUUCGAAACGCCGGAUCCGCAGCCUUUCCGGCUGACCCCCAUCCUGUGGGCAGCUCUGGUUCUCUAUUCCCUUGUCUUCCUGCUGGGCGUGCCGGGGAACGCGGCUGUCAUCUGGGUGACGGGCUUCAGGAUGAAGCGCACAGUGAACACCGUCUGGUUCCUCAACCUGGCGGUGGCCGACCUACUGUGCUGCCUGGCGCUGCCGUUCCUGGCCGUGCCCGUGGCCCGCAGCAACCGCUGGGAGCUGGGUGACUUCACCUGCAAGCUGCUCCCAUCCCUCAUCAUCCUGAACAUGUUUGCCAGCGUCCUGCUCCUGAUGGCCAUCAGCGUGGACCGCUGCGCCCUGGUGACCAGGCCCAUCUGGUGCCAGAACCACCGCACGACCCGGGUGGCCUGGAGCGUGAGUGGGGCAGCCUGGCUCCUGGCUCUGCUCAUGACCCUCCCAACCUUCAUCUUCCGGAAGACACACGCCGAAGCGUUCUCAGACAAAGUGACGUGUGUCCUGGAGUACGCUCAAGUGUCCAGUUACCAGACCGCCGUUGAGGUGUCCGUCGCUUCCUUCCGCUUCGCCGCCGGCUUCCUGGUCCCCUUCGUGGUGAUCGCCACCUGCUACGGCCUGGUCCUGGCCCGCGUCCACAGGAGCCGUUUCACUCGCUCGCGCAAGACCAUUAAGGUCAUUCUUGUGGUGAUCGUCGGCUUCUUCGUGUGCUGGCUCCCCUACCACGUGGUGGGGCUGAUCCUGGCCACCAACAAGUCCAGAACGAGCCUGUUCAAAGGUGCCUCUGAGUCCGACCCCCUGACUGUGGGUCUGGCCUAUGUCAACAGCUGCCUCAACCCCGUCAUCUACGUCAUCAUGGGCCAGGACUUCAAAGACCGGUUCCAGCGCUCGCUGAAGACCAUCCUCCGCAACGUGCUGAGCGAGGAUUCGCUCUCCGUGGGUGACAGCAGGAAGAAGACCAGAUUCACUCAGGAGACCAAGUCCACGAUGGAGGACCGGAGCAUCGGGGUGUGAGCUGGGGAACGGGCCUCUGGCAGCCCCACCGUGAGCCGGGCUUGUGACAUGUCAGGUGACGGCUGCCUCCCCUUCACUCACUGUCGUUACCCUGGGGUGCGGCCACCGCCCCUGCGCCCCCCAGGCCCUGCAGGCUGUGGGGUGGGGCAGACGGUGAUUUAAUGCACAUAGUGCCACCUCUACAUUUGCAUAUCUGAAUAGUCAUGCUCUCAUUCUCCUAUUUCCCCAUCAUCCAACCCUUUGGUGCCUCACUCCCCUUCCUACCCUCCCAGCUCCUGCCUUGAUUCCCUCCAAUCUCCAGUUCCCCAUGUCCCUCUGCUCCAAAUUCCUUCUCCAUCCCUUCCCCUCAGUCUGGCCCCACCCCCAGCAAUCCCUCUGCCAUAGAGACAUGACUGGAACAACACCCGGAAUCGCUCUACAACCACAUCUCCAUGGCUACAGGCCACACUCUGGGUGGGUCUCCUCUCUGGCUCGGGUCCUCUCUGUGGUUGGAGACCUCCAUGCAGUGGGGUCUCCUCUCUGGCUGGGGUCCUCCGAGAGAGAACCUGCCUCCAGGAGGCUAACUAUAGAGAUGUGGCGUAUGGAGUCUCACCCUCAGCUCUGCAGCUGUCCCAGGCAGGAGCCCUGCAUUGGGUGCUUGCCAAUCCAAGAGCCAGGCUGGAGCUGGUGGCCCUCGGCCUGGGUUCCUCUCUCCCAAGCUACGGGGGUAACUCCUCUGCCAGGCAGCAGUAGUAGCCUGUUACCCUCUUAGUCAAAUCAGCCACAAGAGGGCGACAGAGACCCGCCUUCCCUAGCACGGUGCUUACAGAGACCCAGGGCCGCAGGGUGUGACUCUCCCUGUCCCUUAUGCAGUCGUCGGCACCAGCCCAGGGUGUGAAGCACAGGUCGGAACGGGGCAGCGUUUGGGCACGCACUCUGCAUGGGUGCGGCCGAGCACCUGAGAGCCAGGCAAGCAGCAUCCACCAGGGGAAGAUUACGGGAGAGUUUCUAGCCUCCCACCCCUGUUGCCAGAGGCUCGGAAUUUUCUGUAACUUCCCCCUUUUAGGGCUGGGAUUUUGGGGAUUCGGUUUUUGGAGCCAACUGCCCCCGCCCCGCCCCACCCCCCCAGCACCCUGCAGAGGCACCAUCCCGGAUAUGUUGGUGGUUUGGGUUUUGUGUCAUGGGGAGGACGACUGGCAGGAAAUCACCCUCCUGCUCCAGGGCACGAGCCAGCCCCUGACUGACUGGGCCAGGGAGAGACUUCCCAGGAGCUGACAGGUCUGAGUGCACCUCUGCCAGGCCCAGGCCUGGGACACAGCACCCUGUGCUGACCCAGGGGGUCUGAGUGAGUCCUGGCACCUCUGGGCUUCCCUUUGGGAGCCGGUGCCCAGCAAGCCAAAGUAUUGUUUGUUUUAACCAUAGGAACAAAGCAUUUAAAGGGGAAAAGGGUUUUAAAAACAGUCUGCGACCAUUUCUCUCCUACCUAAAACCAUUCUGCGAUGGGGAUCUAGACAGGGCCGGCGUCUUCAGUUGCCCCAGCGGCUCCUGCAUGUCACCCUGGCCCCCCCAAACAGCCCCUCCCAGGAGACGCUUGAAUCCCUUUGCUCGCGGGCGUGCACAGGCCUCGGGCUGGCCUGGCGCUAUCUCCUACCAGCACUCAGGCAUUUGCUGAACAGUGGCUUAUCUUGAGCUGUCCUGCGUCCUUCCUGCUGGUUUGUGCGGCCAGACACCGAUUGAACUGAACCAACAGCUUCAUCCCGCGACGUCCACAGACAGCGGCCAUCCCUUGUCGGGGCUCGGUUCCAGCUCCGUCACCCCUCGUGUCUCGUCCCUGCACACCGGCCUCUGGAGCAGCUGGGACUGGCUGGGCAGAGGUAGCGUGAGUCCUGCCCUGAUCCGUGGUCCCGGAACCCCCCAGGAGGUCUCACCAUGACCCUCCCUCCAGCCCCGUGUGAUUGUGCAUUGCUCCCUCCGGGCCUGGCAGCCCCGGUCCCUGCGGCGCCCCCUCGGCCCUGGGCUGAGGUCCCCCUGCCCUGGCAGAUAAACAGUGGCUCUGUGGCUUGCUCCUUGGCGCUCCGCCUUCCUCCAUUAGCCUGUACGCGGCUCUGCUUACCCUGGGCGAGGCCCCUCCGUCGCCCACUGGGUCAGCGCCAAUGUGAUCCUGGGGGUGUUUCCAGGUUUGCCAUAAACACAGACGUGGCUGCUGCCGGGUCUCUCCUUGACUCUUGCUGUGACGAUGAGUGUGGGGCAUCUGGGGGGGCAUGAAGCCACCUGUUUAUUUGUCAGGGCCGGGGGACAAGGCACCCGAGGGGCUGGGAAUGGGGCUGCCACGCCCUGAAGGGAGGGUUGGGGUGUGUGUUACAUUUAGCAGUUUAUGGCGCUGUCCACAAGGCUGGGCUUCUCGGGGCGCUGGUUCUGCACACAUUGUCCAGAGGUCUCUCUUUGCCAGGGUCCCCUGUGCGGACCAAUUCAUGCACCACACAGUGGGGGGGUCCUUCGGAUUCCUGCCCCCCCAGUGCACGGUGCUGCUCCCGGGAGACCCGAGUAACUGCUCCCCGUGUUCAGUGAAUAAACGUGCCUCUUUGUCGCUGCAUUGGAGUUUGUGUUGGGAUGUUGGGCUGGUGCUUCAGGGUUAAAAACUGAAAAGCAGAAGCCCUGUUCCUAGCUGAGCUCAUCACCUCUGGUGUUUUCCUGGGCGUCUGCCGUGGGACGUAGCUAGGGACAUGCGGAGACAUGGGGCGGGGGCAGGCCAUGAAAGCAGCGUGUCUGAAAGGCGCCACAGGCUGGGUGCCUGGUGGGGUCUGAUGAGCGGAGGGUGAGGGGCUUCCCUCUGCCUCAGUCCGUGGCCCUGAAGCACACCGAGUCGGGUGCUUCCCAGCGGACACGGAGCGUGACGUUCCCUGGCCCCAGGACUCUGAUCCCGCGGUCAGAUCCGGGCCGGUGCAGGGGGGUCACGAUCCAAGGAGCCCAGCCGCUGGGUGCUGGGGGCUUUUCGAUGUGCCACAAGCGAGGGAGCGGCAGGGGCAGGGGCAGCACACGCUGGCCAGGAGGGUGCAAGCAGAAACAUCUCCAGUGAGUCUGUGAAUUAUGUAUGUUCCAUUCUAUGCAUCCGAUGAAGUGGGCUGUAGCCCACGAAAGCUUAUGCUCAAAUAAAUUUGUUAGUCUCGAA